AAGUGCUGUUCUUUGAUAAACACGAGAACGUGGAGCGGCCGAAGAGUUGUAUGGGGAUGGUGCAAAAACUGUGCUGUGAAGAACAAUGCUAAUACAAAAAUAGCCAGAAGUGUAUUGUUGCGUGAAGCUUAAUCGAAGCAUAGUUUGUAAGAAAGAAAUAUUUGUGAACAGAGUUUUUGGCACUGAAUUCGCGUCUUCGGCAACAAGAACAAGCCGAAAAAUGCAGUUUAGAAUUCUGUGCAGUGUCAUUCUAGCAUUGGUGAUACGCGCCUCUGGAGACGAAAUACUGGGAUGCGGCGGAUUUGUCAAAAGUGACAUAGACAUUAACUUCUCCGACGUGGAAGUGAAACUGUACACAAAACAGGGAAGUCUGAAAGAUCAGACAGAUUGUGCACCAAAUAAUGGUUAUUAUUUCCUACCACUGUAUGACAAAGGAGAAUAUGUCCUUAAAAUACAUCCACCAGCAGGUUGGACAUUUGAACCAGAAGUAGUUUCAUUGAAUGUGGAUGGAACAACAGAUGCCUGUAGCAAGGGGCAAGAUAUCAAUUUUAUAUUUAAAGGGUUUGCAAUAUCAGGCAAGGUUGUCAGUGCAGGUGCUCGCCAAGGUCCCAAGGGAGUGAAAGUUGCACUUUCACUCGAGGGACAGUCUGCUGCUCCUCAUUUGUAUGAAACAAGUACAGGUGAUGAUGGUAGUUUCCAGUUUACUCCAGUUCUUCCAGGCCAGUACAUUAUAAAGGCCUCACACCCAAAAUGGAAAAUGGUGCAAGACAUUGUACAAGUUCAAGUUACCAAGGGAAAUGCAGAUGUUGGUGACAGAAGUCUUGUUGUAGCGGGAUAUGAUGUCUCUGGUUCAGUCACGAGUGACGAUGAACCAAUUAAAGGAGUUAGCUUUGUUCUGUUUCACACAGAAGAGGGAAAACCACCUCCAGCAGUUACUGAUUGUAAUAAGUCUCCUCUGCCUGGCUUCCGGUCAUCAUCUACACCACUAUGUCAUGUUACUUCAGAUGAUCACGGCACAUUUCUCUUUCCGUCCAUACCACCAGGCAAAUAUAGAGUGGUUCCUCACUAUGAGGGUCCACACAGCAUAAAAUUUGAUGUACGACCUAUACAUGUUGACUUCACUGUUUCCCAUGACAGUCUCAAAAUUAAGAAACCAUUUCAGGUUAAAGGUUUCAGUGUAAGUGGAAAGCUUUUGCUUGGACCAGAUGGUAAAGGCAUAGAGGGAGCUACUAUACUUUUGGAUGGGUCCAUCAGAAGUGUUACGAAAUCGGAUGGGUCAUAUCACUUAGAAAACAUGCAGGCAGGAACAUACAAACUCCAGGUUGUUGCAAGUGAUAUGCAAUUCCGGGAUACACCUGUCAAGAUAACGCCUAAUACACCACAGCUGGCAGAUUUAUAUCCUUCUGCUUUCAAGGUUUGUGGUAGUAUAACACCUCACCACUUAACAACUGGUGUUGCGGAAAGAGGCCCAAGAAAUAUCCUCAUCUCCAAGAAAGGAAGUGAAAGUGAAAAAAUUACCUUGAAGUUAAACCAUGGAAGUGGCGAGUUUUGCCACUUUCUUGCCCCUGGAAAAUACGAGGCUAGUGUGGAAGUGACAGAAGAGGAGAAAAAUCGUGGAUUACAGUUUGCGCCAGUUGUUCAUUCAUUUGAAAUCACUGAUCACCCAGUUUUGUCAGGUAUUGUGUUUUCACAAUUGAAAGUGCAACUCUCAGGAGAAUUGCUGUGUUUGAAUCCCGGUAAUGACUGUGGGGAUAUACCAGUUGUUUUGAACACUAUACCUCCGGAUAAUGAUAAUACCAAAAUACCUGUUGGGAUAACAGUUGCACGAGAUAGUCACUUCACAUUUAGUGAUGUACUUCCUGGCAAGUAUCAAGUUUCUGUUGACAAGGAAGACUGGUGUUGGGAAUCUGUCAGUCAUGUAGUGAGUGUGAACACAGCACAGUCAAGAGUACCUGCUUUCAGACACACUGGCUUCUCUGUAACAAUUAUUUCAUCACACAACACCAAUGUACAAUACAAACUUGUGUCUGAAAAAUCUGGAGCUGCAUCUGUACAGAACCUCUCAGUUGAGAGGGGUGUGAACAAAGCUUGUGUCAACCUCCCAGGUGCCUAUGAAUUUGUACCUGCAGGUUGUCAUAAGUAUUCUCCAUCAGUAUUCCUGUGGAACUCUGCAGCUGCUUCACCUAUAAAGCUAACAGCAGUUGCCCACACUGUUGGGGGUUCUGUUAAAUCCAAACAGAAAGUUAAUGAUCUCAUCAUCAAUGUAUUUGAGGUUGAGAGUGAAAAACUAAAAGCCAGGAUUGGACCACUGGAGCCACAACCGCUGAAUAAUGGCCAGUAUGAGUACAAAUUCCAGCUCCAUGUUGUAGAAGGGGAGAGACUCAGAUUUGUUCCAGCAGCCAAUACACUUUUGUUCACACCUGUAAAAAGCACUUUGUCAGGGCCUUCUGACUGUACUGAUAAAGGAGUUGAAUUUUAUGCUGAUAAAGGUCAUAUCAUAGAAGGAAAAGUAGAGCCACCACUGGUCGGUGUUAAAGUAUCAGUAUUUGUAGAAGGUUCUGAGGAAAUCGUUGCAAGCACAGACACUUCCACUGAUGGAAAAUUUAAGUUUGGUCCUCUUUCUGAUGGAUUAAAAUACCGUGUAUCAGCUGAAAAAGAAGGCUAUGUGUUGUCUGGUCCUGACGCUAAAACCACUUUCAAAGCCCACAAAUUAGCAGAAAUUGUGGUAGAAGUAAUAGACAAAGCUGAUGGGAAACCAUUGCAGGGUGUAUUAUUGUCCCUGUCUGGAGGUGAAAGUUUUCGACGCAACAGCCAGACUGAUGCUGAUGGUAAAAGGACAUUCAGUUCACUCAGUCCAAGUGAAUAUUAUCUCAGACCAAUGAUGAAGGAGUACAGAUUUGAACCAUCAUCGAAAAUGAUAACAGUUGUUGAAGGUGCUAGUAUCAAAGUCCAGUUGAUGGGACACCAAGUAGCAUUCAGUGCUUAUGGCACAGUGACAUCACUAAGUGGUGAUUCUGAGGAAGGGAUUGUUGUAGAAGCGGUUGGAAGAGAUUCUUGUUCUCAAUAUCAAGAAGAAAGCACAAGUGAAGCAAAUGGAAAGUUCCGUAUAAGAGGCCUACAGCCACAGUGUGAAUAUACAGUGCGAGUCAAGCAAGGACCUGGUGUUAAUCAGCAUAUUUAUAGAGCGACUCCAGAUGGUAUCCCUGUGAAGACAACAGAAGGUGAUAUUAAGGACAUAAGAUUAAUAGUUUUUUAUCCAUUAACACAAAUGGAUGUGACAGCGAAUGUGCAAGCACCAAAUGUCGAGCACCUUCGCACUUUGAGAGCAAAGCUGUGUCGAGAGGAUGCCCCUGAAUCUCCCGUCCAUGUAGUCAAAUUAGACUCAACACCAGGACGGUCUGCAAAGGGGCAUAAUGCUGCAAUGAUAAUGUUUCCACCGAUACCUGCCGAUGGGCGAAACUACUUCCUUCAACUUGAGUCAACACUUUCUCGUGCAACACACACAUACACAACUCAUGCAGUUCAUUUCCGUGCAAAUAGUUCCUUUAAACACAUUAAAUUAACGUUCCAGCCUGAGCCAAAAGUUGUAGAACAGGAUAUUGGUCAUACAUCAUACAUGACCUUGCCUCUAAUAAUAAUAGUAGUUUUAGCAUACAUAAAUAGAGUGAAAGUUGUUCCAGUAUUAAGUCGUCUUGUGCAGUCUCUUAAUACUCCUGCAUCACCACCAUCAAGUGGUAGUGGAAGGACUACCAUACCUCAAGAUCAUAAUGUGGCUGAUGCAGUUAUGGUAGAGCCAAUUCUAAAUGUCAGGAGCAGGAAGAUAAAACCAAGAAAGACAUAGAUCGUUGUGUGAUGCAUAAAAUCCAGAGAAUAUGGUAGAAGUAGUGACUUACAAGGAACUGACUGGCUGGAAGUUCUGUGUUGGUAUAUUUAUAGUGUGGAGAUCAAGAAUUUAUGGCAAGCUGCAUUACUGCAGUUAAUGGUGUUUCUCCAUGUAGUGUACAUUCCCCUUUGGGUGUAUGCGGUCUCAGGUAACUGUUUGUGAAAGAAAAAAAAUAAAUAUUUAUAUUAGGUUUUUUUUAGUAUUUCUGGCUGUGAACAUUGUUGAAUAGUGUACUUUGUUAAAAAGUGUCAAACAACUUCAUUAAAAUUAGGAAAUGUGCUAACUUAAUCAUUAAUGCUCCAAAAUGUAUUAAAUGUCCCUACCACUGUGUUUUUAUGUGAACAUUGUACUGAUGUGAUUAUUUUGUAAGUGGAUUGAAUGGAAAUAAUAAUACACACUUCAUUCCAAACUAUUUGGGUUUACACUUCAUUUUCCUCGUAAUAUGUACAGAGCUGUUAAAUAUUGCUUCUGAAGUAAAUAGAAUUUCUCAUCA